AUUUCCACUGCAGGUCUGUCCGAUUUAGCCAAAGAGCGUCGUCGCAUUCAGUGUCUACUGAUGUAUGUUGCUGAAAAGUGCCUGUUGGAUUCGGAUCUUCGAGCUAUGGGUCUUCGAAUGCCCAGCUAUCUAUCCCCACUUCAAUGCCGCUCUGAAGGUGCUCCGAUUUUCGACACCACACUCCGAUUUACUCUGUCUGCGCUAUGGAACCUGACGGACGAGUGCCCGGAAGCAUGUCUGGGCUUUGUGGAAGAAGGCGGCUUGCGUAUCUAUGAACGCGUGCUUAAACGUUUUGCUGAUCAAGAAGAAGAAGUGAAAAAUCACGUGUACACGAAAUGUCUCGGUUUGUUGAAUAAUGUGGCCGAAGUGGAUCAGACGCGCGAGACAUUGCUGGUGGACAGCCUCAUGGAUUUUUUCUUUAAAAUGUUGCGUCAUCCGAGCAUUCACAUAAGCUAUUUCGCUGCCGGCAUCAUCGCUCAUUUGUCGUGCUUGCAAGACGAAAUAUGGAUGACCACUCUUCAUUCAACCAAAGAUAGCUACAUCAAGCUCUUGGGUCAGUCGGUUUGUAGUUGGCAACCACCGCAAUCUGAAAUGGUUGCCUACCGAUCAUUUGAACCGUUCGAACAACUUGUGAUGCAUCCGCAGAGUCGUUUGGAGGUGCAUCUAUGGGCUGUUUGGGCUAUUCAUCAUAUUCUGACCCGCAAAGAGGUGCGCUAUGUACCAGCCCUGUGUGAUUGUCGCCGUUUAUUGGAUUUCCUCCGGUAUGUGGUGUCGGUAGACGAGACUGUUUUGUGCGCGAAUAGUGUCCCUCGCCUGUCUUGCCACUCCAGACCAGAUAACUCGACGGACGAGCCCAUGAUUACUGAUGAAAAAACUGGUACUUCUAGUUUCCCUGGUCAUCACUCUUCUUCCGCUGAAUCGCCCAUUUGGCAAGACGCAAUCGACACUGCUAGCUGCCUGGAUCCACCGUCUGCUGGAACUCAUUUGAAUCCUGGUUGUGCAGGGGACAGCCUAAGUGGAGCAGUAGUAGAAUCAGACUAUAUACCCCGGCGAUUGUCAAGUGCAAGUGUUAGUGGAAAUUCAGCCACCGGUCCUGGUGCACUAGAUCAUGUGGAACCGGUCGGACAGACAGCUGCCGGACUUUCCGCUUCCGCUGGUCCAGAUAGUUGUCAAUUGGAAUGUGCACGUCUGAUCCGCACUUUGGCCGCAGAAAUAGUGCAUGCGGUAGACCGUUACUUGCUGACGUCAGCUGGGGCUUGA